AUGCACAAAUCGUGGUACAACGCAUUGCAAACUGAAUUUAGUAAGGAUUACUUUUUGAAGGGGAGUGCUGCUUAUUCGAUGUCUUUUGUCCUGAAACAUUUUUUACUUCAGGAGCAUAAAUCGCACACCAUUUACCCCUCAAUGGCGGACAUAUAUUCUUGGUCGCGGCUUACACCUCUUGAAGCUGUGAAGGUGGUUAUCCUCGGUCAAGAUCCGUACCACAACGUUGGACAAGCGCAUGGAUUAUCGUUUUCAGUUUUGCCGCCAACAAAGAUACCUGGGUCGCUACAGAAUAUUUAUAAACAGAUAGCAAAUGAUAUACCUUCCUUUGUAAUACCUCAAACCGGAAACCUUAGUCCAAUAGCUCGCUUGGGAGUACUCUGGCUUAACACUUCCCUCACAGUCCGUGCGCAUAAAGCGUAUUCUCAUGCUGGUAAGGGCUGGGAGACUUUCACUACUCAGGUCAUCAGAGCCGUCACUUCGAGGGCUGAUGGCAAAGGUGUCGUCUUCAUGGCCUGGGGGCUUCCCGCCCAAAAGACAUGUGACAAGAUAGGUAUUGAUGAAACAAAACACUUGGUUCUGAGAUCUCCACAUCCUUCACCUUUAUCGGCUCAUCGAGGAUUUAUUGGGAAUGGCCAUUUUCGCAAGGCCAAUGAAUGGCUUUUAAACAGGUAUGGAGACGGGGCAGAGAUUAAAUGGGAUAUUUUAAACGAUAAAUAA